UUUUUUUUUUCUUUUGUAUAUAUGUAAAGAUGAAGUUGAAGAAAACGCUUAUCAUUCUUACUAAUCAUACCCAACCAAGUCAACUUGAACUGGACAUUUCGGAACGAAACGAUCUUCCUUUUGUACUAUGGCAUGGUGUACCAAAGGCACUCUUACCCAUCUCUUCCAAACCUGCUCUCACAUGGACUUUGAACUGGUGUCAAGUCAUUUUCACCGAGGUCUUUGUUGUCACCGAUGCUCACAACUAUCAUUAUUACGAACGCUGGGCGGCAGGUGUUGGAUUACCUAAAAGCAAUAUCUUGAACUGUGGUUUCAGUUCUGGACCAUUAAGCGAUGUGACAUUGGUUGAAAGGGUGAAAGGCUGUCAAAAUGAUGUGGUAGUAAUGGCGGCUGAAAUGUUAUGCGAUGAUGAUACUAUUCAGGAACGGUUACGUUUGGCAAUAUCAACUGGACCUUCGAAUCAAGUAAUCUACACCAGUGACAUCCCAAUGGCAGUUUGUUUUUCAUUGGAAACGUUACAUCAACUGGAAAGCAUGACAACACAACAACAACAAGAAGAAGAAUCAACUUCAUUGACGUCUAUGCAUUGGAUCACCACUCUUGCUGAUUAUUGUCUUCACUCUUUGCCUAACAAGGAUGGCAUCAUGACCACGCUUGAAUCGGAAAGCACAAAUCAUUUUCUUCGGACAUCGAUUGACCUGAAUCAAUAUCUGACGCAUUGGAUUCAUCUUUUUAAAACAAACGGCACAAGAGUAAAUGUUGAGCAGCGGAUUCAAGUACGAUCAUAUGCACGUGUAGGGCUAAUGGGCAACCCCAGCGAUGGAUUCUUUGGCAAGACAAUGUCUCUUUUGAUCUCGAACUUUUGGGCACAAGUGACACUAUUACCAAACGGUGGAGAACAACGAUGGCCUGGCCUGGAUCAUCAAGGAGAGAACGCUAUCAUUGAAAUUGUACAUCGACCAGCGACCAGUCCUUGCCGAUUUGUGAAUAUGGAUGCACUAGCGACAGUCUGUGAACAAGAUGGAUACGACCAUGGCGAUCGAUUGAUUUUGGCAUGUUGCAAGGUAUUUUUCCGACAUUGUCAGCAAACGGGGAUCAAGUUGGACACGACUUUAGGAUUUCGACUCUUGAUAGAUACCAAUAUACCUCGACAAGUUGGUUUAGCAGGUUCUUCCGCUAUCAUUACCGCCUGUUGGAAAGCUUUGAUGCAAUUCUACCAUGUGAAGGAGAUCCCUCCAGAUCUUCAAGCAAGUUUGGUGUUAUCGGUGGAGGUGGAUGAACUGGGCAUUGCGGCUGGAUUACAAGAUCGAGUGAUUCAGACCUAUGGAGGAUUAGUUUAUAUGGAUUUUAACAAACAGAGUAUGGAACAAACAGGACGUGGAAAAUAUACCCAGUUACCUUUGCAGUUAUUACCUCCCUUGUGGUUGGCUUAUGUGGCAGAUCCUGAAGAUUCUGGAAAAGUACAUAAUACAGUGAAACAACGUUUUUUAAAGGGUGAUCCUGAAAUUAUUCAAGCCAUGACAGGAUUUGCUUCAUUGACAGAUAAGGCACGCACUGCACUGGAAACAAAAGAUCAUGGAUUAUUUGCAAAACUGAUGACAGAUAAUUUUGAACUACGUCGACGUACUUAUGGUGACGAUGUGGUGGGAAAAAGAAAUCUACGGAUGGUGGAGAUCGUUCGACAACAUGGUGGUCAUGCCAAAUUCAGUGGUUCAGGGGGUGCCAUUGUGAUUUCCAUGAUUGACUCGGUGAAUCUUCAAAAAUUACAAAAAGCACUGGAAAAGGAAGGUUAUGUCUUUGUCAGGUUGACUCCUAUUGGCUCUCAACAACAAUAGAUGAUUUAUGAUAGAUAGUUUUAUUAGAUUCUUGUGGUUGUCUUUUUUAUUUUAUUGAUACGUAUAAAUUUUUUUUUGUUGCCGAUGGCCAAGGAAUAAAUCCAUCCCAUCUUUAUUUCGUCAUUGUCUUGUAUUUUCUCUAUAUCUUCUUUUUUGGAAAAUAAACGAUUAUUCAAUAUUAAUCAUUAGUCA